AUGUUGGGUAGCGUCGCCGUCCCUCUGUUCUCCUCGAAGCCGUCAGGCCUGCGGAGGAACUCACUGCAACCCAGCACCGCGCCUGCGCUUCCGCCGCGACGCAACUCGCUAGCCACCACGCCCGCCGCCAAGACUGCACCGCUGCUGCACGUCAAGUCUGUCACCGUCGCUGACACCAUGGACCCGCGCUACUACCGCUCGACCUCGCCGCGUCGCCAUGCGAACCCCGCGAGGUCGUCGACGGGCACCUUCAGCGACCCUUACUACGACCCCGCCUAUUACAACCGCGCCAGCUCGCCCCGCUCCAGUGGCGAACGCAUUGCGGGGUCCCACCACCAGCCGCUGUAUUCGCCCACCACCCCGUCUGCCCUGCGCAGCAGCAACCUCAAGUACGACUCGUACACGGGACGACCGCGCCGCAACACCGAAGACCGUGUGGCGCGGCCCAAUGCCAGCACCUCGGCCGUCCCCGCCCUGCCCAUCCGCACGCCCUACACCAGCCUCGACCGCCCCUCCAGCCCGCUCACCAAGCCCUUCGACACCCGCGGCGACACGUACAUCACCCAGGGCCCCUCGCGACGCGAGCACAAGAAGAUCUACAGCGUCGACGAUGGCAGCCAUACUGCCCAGCUCAUUGCCGAGAAAGACGUCCUCGAAUCCAAGCGCCACCGGGACAGUGCAGGCGGCUACAGCGUGACAAGUGGAGGCCGGACCUACCACAACAACAGCAAGCCCCCACCCCGCCUCCCCGAUGUCAGUGACGAAGGCUACUCGUACACCGAUCCGGCCAGCAUGUACCGAGACACCGAACCAGCCUGGCGGCGUCCACGCACUGGCAGCAACGAGCGUGGCGCCCGUCCCAGCAGCAUGAUAGUCGACCGUCCUGCACGUAACUCUGCGCGAGAACUAGGCCCGCCCCCAUCGACCCGCGGCUUUGAGAAGCUCAUAAACAGCCUCCCCCGGAUCCACGGCAGGUCUUCGUCCAUCGACAGGCCACGAGACGCCCCCAAGUACGAUUCCUACGCUGAUGCUGCUCCUGCCCGCACCUCGUCGACCCGCCACCACGCACCAGCGGUUCACCAGGAGCCGCCUCGUGUAGAGCCCCGUGACCACCGCCGGGAUUCCUACGGUGACGACUACGAACGACGCCCCCGAGAGGCAGAGAACAGGCGUCACAGCACUGUUGACCGCUUUGAAGAUCGCGAGAUAUCGGCUCGGGGCUUUGGUAUCGCUCCUGUACAUCCCAGCCUUCCCCAAGACCACCACGCCGUAGACCGACAGCCCACAUGGAACGCUCCAGAAGUCUCACGACCACGACAAGAAGAGGUUGCUCCUCAGUAUUACGCACCGGAACGUGCUGAAGCUCGCAUGCCCGAUCCUCAUGUGUCACGUGAGCGAGCAGCACCAGCACCAGCUUAUCCUAACAACACCGCAUCAGCCUACCCUAACACUGCACCAGCAUAUCCUAACAACACGUCAACUUAUCCCAGCACCGCACCGACUUAUCCUAGUACCGCACCGACUUAUCCCAGCACUGCACCAGCCUAUCCUAGCACCACGCCAACCUAUUCCAACCCCGUCGAGGAGCGUCCCAGAGAGCGUGAAGAAUCUCGCCGUGGUGCCGUUCCAAUUGCGGCUGGCGCUGUUGCUGGUGUAGCUGCUACCCUGGGUGCCGCUGGAUUAGUAAAAUCUAGGGAGCGCGAGCGUGAACGUGAACGCGAGAGUGACCGCGACUCAUCUGGAGAGCGAGAACGACGCAAGCAAUGGGACGAGCGCGACCGCCGUGACCGAUACGAAGAACGACGUGAAAGGGUACCCGAAGAGCGACGUGAGAGGCCUGAAGAACGACGCGAGAAGCCUGAAGAGCGGCGCGAGGAGAAGCGUGGGAGGCGGCCUGAGGAGCGUCGUGAAUCCCCACCCGCCACUCCAUCCAAGACUUACGCUCCGCCUGGUGCUUAUCCCUCUCCUCCUGACACUGACCGCAAGGUUCGGGAGGUCCGACACGAGGACGAGCCGAGGAGCAAGCCUGCUCGCAAAGCACCUUCACCUGAGGGGAGCGGCGAUGAACGACCACGUCACUACGUCAACCCAGAGGCCGAGCGUCGAAACGACGUAGCACCACAGGAGGCUGUCCUUGAUCCAGAUGAGGAGUAUCGCCGCCGCGUGCAACAAGAGGCCGAGCGAAGCGGUCGUGGGCAGCGCGAUCGAGACAGCGACUCGGAGCGGGAGCGUGAGCGUGAUCGCCAACGACGGAAGGAGGAGAGGAGCCGAUCUCGUGCCCGUGAAGAGCGUUCCCGCGAAGAACGCCCCCGCGAAGAACGUCCACGAGAAGAACGGCCCCGCGAAGAACGCCCCCGUGAAGAACGCCCCCGUGAAGAACGCUCCCGCGACGAACGCUCAUCGAGUUUGUACGACCCCAACCUUGUGCAAGAGCCCGCAUCUAUCGACAGGUCUGCAGUAGAGCAACCCAGCAAGGCCGUUCAGAUCGUAGAGCCCACCAGGGAUUCACCACCUCCCAUCAAGAGCAUUCUCCGCAAGCCUACCGAGAAGUUCCCCGAACACCCUGAGCCAAUCCGGGAGGGAGUCGCUCCCCACAAGGACUCCUUGAAAGGGAAGGAUAUCCCUGUUGGUGCUCGAUGGACCAGAAUUGACCGCAAACUUGUCAAUCCUGAAGCUCUAGAACAGGCCAAGGAGCGCUUUGAGGAACGUGCGGACUGCGUCAUUGUGUUGCGUGUGUUGACGAAGGAGGAAAUCCAAAAGCUUGCUGAUCGAACCAAGAAGAUCCGCGACACUCGAGAAGACGAAUAUGACCAUCGCGAUCGACGAAGCAACCGCAGUCACCGCGACGACGAGGAACGUGAUCGAGACCGUCGACGCCGCUACGACGAAGACGACUACAGUGACCGUGACGACACUCUUCGAGACCGUGAGCGAGAGCGUGAACGCGAGCGCGAGCAUGACCGACCUAGGAUGCUCGAGCCGGCCAGGUGA